GAUUUUAGGAACCUCGCUUUAAAAUGGCGGCAUCCACUAUACACCCCUGCUAAAGGCGCUCCCGGCACAGGGGCCACCUCGCACAGCGCUGCUUUUUGCUUAUCCCGCUAACAGAUGGCAUGUGCUGCUGUUGCUGCCUCUGCCCCUACCGCUGCCACUGAGAGCAGGGCCCCUUAGCCUCUGGGUUUGCGCUAGCAACGGAAGGUUCUGAAAAGUGCCUUUUCUGAAAACUCUGCUGCUUGGAUUCUACUCUAGAGCUCUCUUUCCAAGCCCUCUCCCCACACACCCUUCUCCACUCCUGCCCCUACAAAACCCGCUGUGCUUGUAGUUCACUGUCGGCAACUUGCCCAUUUAUUUUUUUCUCUCAUUCUCAGUUUUCUUAGUCAUUUUCCCUCCCCUUGAUUUUGCAAAACGAUUUUUUUUAGGUUGUAACAUCCUCCCAAGCUUAUUCUUCAGAGCGAAGAAUUGGGGAGAUAGACUUUUCUCUCCCUGAUCUGAGACCUUUCCACACAUUGAAGGGCAGCCAGCAACAUAUGCUUUUUGUAAGAGUAAUUGAAAACAUCAACUAGUCAGCAUAGAAUUCUUUUGAAUGUCUGCCAGAUAUUUGAAGCAAAUUCAGCAAAGGAACAAAAUAUAGCAUUCACUAUCUUAACCUUUAUAGUCGCCUUCUUAGGACUUGGUCUCUGAUUUGAUUUUUGGUUCUUCUGAUACAUCAUUGACUUAAUAGGUGGCCUUUUGUCUUUCACCAGAUCACACUUGGCUUCAGUGAGAACCUAAGUGCUAACAAACGCGCUCCCCCAAAGCAACCUGCUCUCACUUCACAUUUGGCUCAGACUCACUUAGACUCCUUGAACCAUCCACAGUCAUAUUGUCCAAAAGAGGGUGCACUUAAUUACCAUUUUGCUUUCAAUAUGACAGCUGUCAAUGUUACUCUAAUUCGUGAUACCAAGUGGCUGACCUUAGAAGUUUGUAGAGAAUUUCAGAGAGGAACUUGUUCUCGAGCUGAUACAGAGUGCAGGUUUGCCCAUCCGCCAAGAGUUUGCCAUGUGGAAAAUGGCCGUGUGGUGGCCUGUUUUGAUUCACUAAAGGAUCGCUGCACUCGAGAGAACUGCAAGUACCUACACCCUCCGCCCCACCUAAAGUCGCAGUUGGAAGUUAAUGGGAGAAACAAUCUGAUUCAACAGAAGACUGCCGCAGCCAUGUUCGCCCAGCAGAUGCAGCUUAUGCUCCAAAAUGCUCAGAUGUCAUCCCUUGCAUCUUUUCCUAUGAAUCCAUCAAUGGCAGCUAAUCAUGCCAUGGCUUUCAAUCCUUAUGUACAUCACCCUGGGAUGGGCCUGGUUCCUGCUGAGCUUCUACCAAAUGCUCCAGUUCUGAUUUCUGGAAACCCACCUCUUGCACUGCCACCAAUGCCUGGCCCCAAACCAGUUCGUACAGAUAGACUGGAGGUUUGCCGUGAAUUUCAGCGUGGAAAUUGUACCCGUGGGGAGAGUGAGUGCCGCUAUGCUCACCCUACGGAUGCUUCCAUGAUUGAAGUAUCUGAUAACACUGUGACAAUCUGCAUGGAUUACAUUAAAGGGCGAUGUGCCCGGGAGAAAUGCAAGUACUUUCAUCCCCCUCCACAUCUGCAAGCCAAACUCAAGGCAGCUCAUCACCAGAUGAACCAUUCGGCUGCCACUGCCAUGGCCCUGCCGCAUGGUGCACUUCAGAUGAUACCAAAGAGAGCAGUCCUUGAAAAGGCCAACGGUGCCACCCCAGUCUUUAAUCCUGGUGUUUUCCACUGCCAACAGGCUCUGGCUAACAUGCAGAUUCCGCAGCCGGCAUUUAUUCCUACAGGGCCAAUAAUGUGCUUGGCACCCGCUUCAACUUUUGUGCCCAUGAUGCACGGUGCUACACCUUCCACUGUGCCUGCAGCAGCAACACCUGCCACCAGCGUUCCCUUCGUUCCAACAACUACAGGCAAUCAGAUGCCCCAAUUAUCAGUAGAUGAACUGAAUAGGAGCAUGUUUGUUUCACAGAUGUAGACGUUACCAGUAGAACAUUGAAAUUCUGAGCAGCAGAGUUACAGAAUGUCAGCAUCUCUCAACAGGAAACUCCAUAUGGCCUUUCUAUAUAUAUUCUUGUAUGUCUUCUACCAACACAACAAUAAGUGUGGUGCAGUCAAUAUAUUAAAGCACAGAUACCAGUUGACAAAUCCAAAUUUUAAAAACCUGUGGAGAUGUUAAAGCAAACAGAAACUUAACCACUGUGUGUUAUGUUAUGGAUUAAUUGUACGUGAAUUCGCCUAUAGAAUGCAACCAUAUAACUUUGUCUUGUGUAUGAAUUAUUAGAUCCAUAUUACAUGAAUUUUCCAUCUGAUAUGAAUUAAAUUUUUUGGUUUUUUUCAGUAAUGAUUUAUGCUGAAUGAAUUUCCACAGUGUGCUGUAGGCUUACUGUACAUUCUUGGUGGAUAAAUUCAAUUUUUGAAGUGUUACCUUACUGUUCUGUUUACAGGAUAGUCUAUUGGAUUGAUGUAGAAUGUGACUAAUAGUUCCAGUACCAUUUCCUUCAUUGGUAUAUUGUAUUAAAUUGGGUUCUGUUUUGCUUUUCUGUGCUAUAGUGUUUUGUUGUUUAUACGUGGUGUUUGAUUUCAAUUAGGAUGUUGUAAGUGGGGAACAGAAGUAUAUGUGAUUGAAAAAUAUGACAAAUUCAUGUUAAUACUCCUUAAACAAUUUUGUAAGUUUCUUGAGGCAUACAUUUAGAAGCCUCACUUUUGAGGGUGCACAAAACCUGUUCAUAAACCUGCAUGUAUAAAAUUUUACCUGUAGAUCUGGCCUUAUACAAUCAAUAAUAUACUAAAUUCUUAAAAGAGAAAAAUUUUACCUGCAUAUGAUAAGAAAGUUCAAAUGUUAAACUCAAACCAUUCCUCUUAAAUAACUUGAAAAUUAAGUAUUCACAUUUUAAUAAAUUUCUUAGCAUGUAUAAAAAUUAUGUAGAGUAGCUGUUACAUUUAUUGUGUCACAGGAAUCCUAUCUCUCAGCUUGAGUGUCUUAAAUUGAGCCAUUUGUCAUCUUCAGCUGAGAUAGUUUAAAGGUAUACUAAUCAUAGUUUAUAAAUCAAGCAGAGAGAUGUGGGCAUGGAGAGAGUGUCUAAUGUACUGGCAGAAAGUGUGUAAAACCUUCUGCACAAGUGCUAUUUUCCAAAUGCAAAUGGCUCGUGCUCUUUAGAUUCCUCUUUAAAUAAUAAGUAAGAUGCAGUCUGGCAAAAGUCAGUCCAGGUGGAAAGAGAAUUGUUUCCAAAUGAGGCCUUACCUCCCCAAACCGACAGUCUUUUUUAUUGAUCACAAAAGUAGGCUGAGUACAGGUUUGGAGAAAUGGCAGGGAUGCGGUCAAGAAGACACUGAAAAUGAUUUUGAAUAUGCAAAGGAACUAGAAAAGGUUUCCACAAUUGUCUUUCACAUUACUUUAGCUGAGUUUCCAAUAUUUCUAAAAACAACACUGAAGUAGCAAUCAUUAGUUCUAUAUUGGCAAGUGUUUUUCUGCCCAAACUUUAACUUCAGAGCUUUUUGGGGGAGGAGUUGUGAUGGUUUGUCAUAUAUAAACUUACUUUGUGUGUUUAAAAAUGAUAGUCACUUUUAGCAUCCUUUGGCUAAUAGAGAGUAGCAAUAUCCCAUGAGGGUAUGAGUUCUUCUUACUAAUACUUAAUAAAUAAUCUUACAAAUAUAGUAGUCCAUCAGUUUCUGUGACAUAUAGUAUACCUCUUCUUCUCUACAAAGUUACUAACAUUACUAUUAUUAUAAGAGGGAGGAAAUAUUUUCAACAGCUUAAGUAGAUUUAAUACUUUGUACUCAAUACAUAUUCUCCCGCUGGAAACUAUAAAAUCAUCAAAUUUUUAUAUGUAUAAAGGUUGUUUUACUUCGUGAAAAUAAUAAGCAUAGAGAAAACAUUUGGGAUAAUAUAAGACAAGUAAUUGGAUUGAUUUGCAGAACAGUGGAGCUGGUAAAGACUUUAUUGCCUUUUCCACGACUGAUAAAACAGAGAGCCAGGCCAUGUGACUUGCCUAAGGCGGCCUAGUCAUGGGAGCCAAUUGUUCCUCCUUUUUACAUCUUCCUUUGGAACAUUUGAGACUCUGACUCAAAACAGAUCAGAUUGGCUCAGAAUACAAAAAAAAAGCAAAAUUACCUCUGGUGGUUUGUAUCCUGUUGAUGUUAAUUAUACA